AACAAUUUUACUCAGCCGCAGUGACUCGGAAUCUCUGAGAAUGGGAUCUAUUUAGGGGAUUUCCAACUUCCAAGUGACUUUUUUACAGUUUAGUAAUUAUCUUUAUUUACAACUCUCACAGGAUACGCUCUCUGCAUGCAAAUUCAAUCACUGUCUUCAUUACCCUUCCACAAGUCAUUGUGAUUAGGCAGCUGAACUCGAGAAGCUUCCGCUUUGAAUAGUGACUCUCUCCCUAACCAUCCAACCAACCUCAGAGUUUGCAGUUUUGGCUGCAAGUGAUCUGCUGUAAAUGCAACCUCCGUUGCCCACCGACGAGAGGGUGCGCAGAGCUUGUGAGAAAACUAGGGAACUUAAGAUUCCCGAUAUAAAAACUCUGCCUGUGCUUAAGAAGCUACUGAGAGAGAAUGGUGAUAAUUGGAAUCUCAUCAGACUCGAUAACUACACUGCAUUGAUCGAUGCUAUCUACUCUCUUGAUGACGAGACUGAGAGUUCAUCUAACAACAAUAGAGGAGGGAAGGAUGCUGCUGUUGUGGGCAGCACUGACACUACGCAUAGAGUGAAGAGAAACGAGAAACAAAGCGAAGGUUCAUCCAACGGCAUUAGAGGGAAGAAUGCUGUGGUCAGUGUCGUUGACUCUCCUCCUAGUGCUACUCUCAAGAAACAAAGCAAAAUUUCAUCUUAUGUCAACCGAGGGAAGAAUGAUUUGGUCCUUGAAUCUCCUCAUACUGCUACUCUGGAGAAGCAAAGCCAAGGCUCAUCUAAUGGCAUCAGAGGGAAGAAUGCUGUGAGAACUGAGCCUUCUCCUAGUGCGAAGCCAACUGAAACUUCAUCUAAUUGCAGUAGAAGGAAGAAUGCUGUGAGAACUGAGCCUUCUCCUAGUGCUACUCUGAAGAAGCAAAGCCAAGGUUCAUCUAAUGGCAAUAGAGGGAAGCAUUAUAUGCUCAACGACCUUUCUCCUAGUGCUACUCUGAAAAAGCCAACUGAAACUUCAUCUAGUGGCAAUAGAGGGAAAAAUCUCGCUGUGGUCACUGGCUCUCCUCUUCUUAGUGCUACUCUGAAGAAGCUAAGCGAAGGUUCAUCUAAUGGCAGUAGAGGGAAGAAUGUUGUUGACUCUCCUGCUACUCUGAAAACAAUAUAUGAAACCCGUUUUGCAGCCUCAGGUUCGUCCGUUGAGGGAGUCCAGGAGCAGCCACAGAGUAGCAAUGGUGUUCGCAAGAGGAAGUAUAAAACCAUUAUUCGUGACAUAACCAAAGGUUCUGAGAGCGUUGAGAUAUCUCUGGUUGAUGACGUUGGGACCGAGAAAGUGCCCACAUUUACUUACAUCCCUCACAACAUUGUAUACCAAAAUGCUUACGUGCAUCUCUCUCUGGCGCGGAUUUCUGACGACGAUUGUUGUGCUAGCUGCAAGGGGGACUGUCUCUCAGCUGACUUUCCAUGUGCUUGUGCUCGUGAAACCAGUGGAGAAUAUGCGUAUACCAAAGAAGGGUUGCUAAAGGAGGAGUUUCUGGACACUUGUCUUAAGAUGAAAACGGCACCAGAUACAUUCAGUAAGUUUUACUGCCAAGACUGCCCUUUAGAGAGAGAUCAUGGGAAAUGCGAAGGGCACUUGAUCAGGAAGUUCGUCAAGGAAUGCUGGAGAAAGUGUGGAUGUGAUAUGCUGUGUGGCAAUCGAGUAGUACAGAGAGGGAUAAGGUGCCAACUGCAGGUUUACUUUACCUCGGAAGGGAAAGGAUGGGGUGUUAGACCACUGCAAGAAUUACCGAAAGGAACCUUUGUCUAUGAAUACAUUGGUGAAAUAUUGACCAACACGGAGUUAUACGAGCGGAAUCUAAGGUCUAGUAGUGAACGGCAUACAUAUCCUGUAACUCUGGAUGCAGACUGGGGUUCUGAAAAGGAUCUGAAAGAUGAAGAAGCUCUUUGCCUGGAUGCCACAAUCUGUGGAAAUGUAGCUAGGUUUGUCAAUCACAGAUGUGGGGAUGCAAACUUGAUUGAUAUUCCGGUACAAAUAGAAACUCCUGACAGACAUUAUUACCAUAUUGCCUUUUUUACCAUUCGAGAUGUGAAGGCCAUGGAAGAACUGACAUGGGACUACAUGAUAGAUUUCAGUGAUGAAAGUCAUCCUGUGAAGGCAUUUAGAUGUAGCUGCGGAAGUGAAUUAUGCAGAGACAAAAAGCCAAUAGGAACUCGAGGCAAGUCAGGAGAAAGAAGAAAGGUUGUCCAUGCUAAAAGACAACCAGAUACCAAAGGCGUACCGUUAAAGCGGAAAUGAGGAUGAUCAGUAAAGAGUAAAACAUUUAGAAAACAUAUUCCCACCACAUUCACUUUGAUGCUUCAUUCCAACAGAGAACUGUAAUGGUCACCAAAAUUUCUUCUCUUAGAAAAAAACUCCCUUCUUUAGGUUAAAAUGAUCUAAACUGAACAGUUCUUCUGGUGGUAAGGCUGACAAAGAUUUUUUUGGUAACUUUUGUUUGCUAACCAAAGAAACUCAUGGUUAAUGGUUGUUCUACAUGUUCCAUUGCCAAUGUCAAAUAUAUAAACACUAGGCUUUCUAAAAAUAAAUAAAUUGGUUAUGAUUCCUGGUUCUAGAUUA